UUAAAAAAAAAUACACUAUCAGCUUCAAUCACGCCCCCUUCUUCUUCCUGUAUAUUCGCCUCCAAUGGAGUCAUCACCCACAGAAGAAGAUUUUAUACCAGCAUCGGCUUUUUUCACUCAACCGCCGAAUUUAGUGUCGUUAUCACCAUUCACGCCGUCAGUUCCGCCGUCACCUCGGCGGCUUUCGAGCUGUUAUUCUCAACCAAACCAACCAAUAAAAGCGAAAAGACAACUCGCUUGGGUGUCUUUACAAGGACGGCUUGUCGGUGCUGAGGAAUCCAGCUCAGCUAAAAAAAUCGGCGGCGGGUUGAAUGCUAAAGAAGCUGUCGUAUGGGAACUGUUUAGUCCUAUUCAUAGGAUUCUUAUUGUUGCUGUUGUUGCUGUUGCUGCGGCGAAUUCCAAGAGGAAUAAGGAGAUUUUACGGCUGAAGAAAUCUGUUGAACUUAGGGAUCAAGUGCUAUUAGGCAUGCAACAAAAGCUAGAUACUUUAUGUGAACAAGUUAACUAUUUCAAGGAUCAGCCAGAAAUUGCACUUGAUACAAAUGGGUGUUUUCUUUGUGAGCAACACAUGAAUCAGUUCAACAAUUCUUAUGAGAGGAAUAUGAUGAAGGGUGCGGAGGUGUUUAAGUAUGAAACGCCUCCAGCAGCAAAUCAGGCUGAACAAGAAGAACGCCGUAUGUCUGAUUUGUCCGAUUGGGCUGGUAGCGUCACUUCCUCUGUAGACACUCAGCUGAAUACUUUAGCAGUUGAACAAGAUUUUCAUAAUCUCCGAAAGGAAUGUGAAGAGAAAGAUGCCGCCAUCAAGGAGUUAUCCACUUUUCUUCAGUCAUCAGAAGCUUUUGGUGCAAAGAGGAUAGGAGAGCUGGAAGAUAUCAUACGCAGAAAGAAUACAAUUAUAACUAAGCUCAAGAAAGAUAUUUUGAUCUUAGAGCAGAAGGUCGUGAAUCUAACAAGACUUAGAAGACCAUCUUUCUCUUCAACAAGCUCAAAGAAGGUGCAGCUUCCUCCAUUGACAGAUAACAUUGUUUAUGACAUGGACAGUACUACUAGCCCUUCGUCUUCAGAUUCAGAUAGCUCCCCAAGGAGAAUGGCUCAAGUUCUUACUGCUAAAAAUCAAGACAUCCUCGUUAAGCAGUGUGAGAGUGCUUUAAGGGAAAACCAGAAAGAGCAGCAGGUAGAAAGCCUACCUUUAUUGGUGAAACCAACAGAUAGACAUCCAAAGUCACGACCAGUAAGCCCACUGAAGGAGAAAUCAUUGAAUCAGACACAGGAUUCAGUCUCCAAGCUGAAACCAAAGCAGGUAUCAUCUGUUAGCGCAGAAUCUAGAAGGAGGCGACCCCCUGUUGCUAAGUCGAAGCAUGCUGUUACAGAAAAACGAUGGCUUUAGCUAUUGAAGAACGAGCAUUUGACAGCUCCUCGUAUGUGGACCUGAAAGCGCUUCAAUGCAGCUUCAUCAAACUCUAUGGCUGCUUCUGCAACCCAUUGUUUCCUUCGACGAAGAUGUCAACUUGACAGCAUUAUAUAUGUAGGUAGUAAUAGUAAGAGUACAUGAAUUUAGACAAAAAGUGAUGUAACUAGUCUUAUAUUUAGUUAAACUGGUAAUACUGUCUCAAUGGUUGUUUCAGGACAAUCUCACAAAUCUGCUAUGAGAUGCAUUUUCCUUCGUCCCAAGUCUUU